UAGCUCGCAUGGCAAUUAAAAGACCCUCUGCUACGAAAUGCUCCUUUUACGGGGAAAAAUAACCCCUAAAACGAAGAUGUGCGUUUUUUUCAAACCGCCAAAGCGGGAGAACCACCACCGCCACAUCGUGCCACCUCUAGCGUGCACGCGUUUCGCGCUGAAUGGUGAGAAAUCGCAGAGAAAACAUGCUUAACAAUAAAAAAAGAAGAAAACCAGCAGCUAACGCUGGCUGAUUGAUAUAACGAGGCAGGACAGCGGCGUAAGAGACAAAAAUUAUAAGUUAGUGUAGAGAAAAAAUCGCUCUUUGCGAAGAAAAAUCUGGUGGCGAAUUGUUGGCGAUCCGAUGAGCUACAAAAACAUAAACACAGUGCCCAGGCCAAGUCCGAAUGCUAAUGGGAAACCAGAUCCGAAUCUGAAUCCAAAUCGCAGUGCGGAAUCCGAUGAGGAGGAGGAGGGCGAUGGCCGGAUGAGCGACAGCGGAAGCAACACGGCCAGCAGCCAAAGGAGUCGCACGUCGAGCGGCAGCUCUUCGGACUCGUCGAGCGGCUCACUGGAAGAAGAUCCGGAUGGCGAGGAGGAGGACGUGUCGGACCAGGACGCGGGCAGCGGCUCGGAGACGGAGGACGACACCACCACCUGCCAGUCGGACGAACUGGAGCUGGCGCAGCUGGGUGGACGGAAUAUAUUCCGGUUGCCAAGGGGCUUGUGCGAAAAUUCGGCCAUUUUCCAUGAGUUCUUCUCCCUGGAGACCUGGCAGAUGUUGCCGCACCCCCUCCAGGCCCGUCUGCAGCCGAUGCUGCCCGACUUUUCCGGCUUGGUUUCCGGACAGGCGCAGGCCAGUGCCGAACAGCAGCGCACUUUGACGCAGCUAUUCAACGGUGGCCUUCAGCGUUUCGGACAAUCGCCGCUGCUACAGCUCCAACGCCAACUGGAAGAGGGCAACCUGCGACCAGAUGUCCUACAGCUGCGACGGAGCAUCCAACACUCGAGCAGAAGAGAAUUCCGUUUCCGACAGGCCGAACGCCUUAGCCAACUGGCCAAGGAGCUAUUUCUGUCCAGGGAGCAGCUUCUUCAGCAUGCCUACUCCUCUGCCCCACCCUCUGAUGGCGCCUUUGGGAAAUACUUGCCGAGGCCUCGCCCCCCGAAGAGGAAGCCGCCUACGCUAUCCAUGGACAACCCCUUCAGCUCGCAGCGAGCUAAGAAGCGUUACGCCCAGGAACUAUUGGAGCUCAUGGGCGAGCUGGAGGUGAAGCACGGCGAUAUCAGUGCCGAAGAGGAGGAAGAGGACGAGGAAUGCGCUCAACUGAUGGAACGUCUGGCCAAGGAACCGCGCGAGUUCAAAGUGGAGGAGCCCAAGGCUCCAGAAACGCCAGGUCCUGGCAGGCCCUCGAAUGCGGCGGAUAAGAAAUGCAUUUACAACACCUUCUUCAAGCGGAGACCAGGCGUGGACGAUGACCUGGUGCUGCGCUCCAUGCAGGCGGAGAGGAUUCCCCAGCUAAACGACAAGAACUUCCGGAAGUACUUAAGAGACUACAAGCGGCGGAAAUUGGAACAACCGGAAAGUCCUGAAUUUGAUACAUCGGAGGUGCGACUCCGCGACAUCUGCACUCGUGCACAGUUCGUCGGGAGCUUUAAGCCGGGCCGAAAACCCAAAGCGCUCAUGGCUCGCCUCAACCCCGAACCACCUGCUCUGGUGCCCAUUGGAGUUACGACAACGAAAAGCGAGUUUGCGGAUGGGGAGCCCAUGCUGCUGGAUGAACCACAGCAACUCUACGGCCGAAGAGCACUGGAAGAACAUCCCGAGGAGCACCUGCCACCCAAGGAGCCUCCGCUUAUGCCAAAGAAAAUACUACCUGCACCAGUUGUUCUUCCUCAUCCCGUGCCCAAGCUGGAGCCUCUGAAUGGACCCAUAUCCAAUCCUAAGUCGAGUCCAACGACGCCAAGUCUUUCCAGCAAUAAUCCCAAUGUCACGGCUCCUCCAACUGCUGGCCACAUUACCGGCAGUCCCAUUCGGGAAGUGCUGAUACGUCCGCCAGCCUCACCUCGCCCCGCCUCCUUCUUCUCACUGGUCCGGGAUCUGUUUGUAUCCACACCACAACACCGGCUGACCUACGGAGAACUGCAAAUAUUGCUGUCCAGCUGGCGGGAAAUCAACUCCGAUGCCUCGAUACCUACUGGGGAGUGGCCAACAUUCGUGCCGGAUUGGUCAAAGUUGCUACAAUCGGCGGUUAACUUUUUGUCUGGUGACUUCGGUUCCGUUCCGGCGGAAUAUGUUCCCUAUAUCGAGCACAAAACUCAGUUGGGCAUAUACCAGUGGAUAGGGGCUGGCCGAGACUCAGAUGCGCGACUCCUAAGCCUUUGUCAAUGUUGGCUGCGAACGCAAAGGGAAGAGAACUCACAAUUUAGCCCCCUAUUGAAUUCAAAUGCUCAUCUUAAUGCUUUGGUGGAUGCAUCUCCGACCCCACCUCCAAGGUGCCCCACCACAUGGACUGUGCGCGCAGCCAGCCAGGCGGAGAUACUGGAAUUCCAGAGACAGGAAAGGAUACGCUUUGAGUUCCCGCAUCGACCCUUCACUUAUAGACUCAAUGGAUAUGAGAGCGUGGUGGGUCCAGUUAAGGGAAUCUACACCCAAAGUUUGCCACUGAACAAAGCUAGGGGCCAUGCUGUGAUGGUAGAUGACCGUCCUCCAUUUGUUACCAUUCUUACCCUGGUUCGAGAUGCUACCGCCCGUCUGCCCAACGGAGAGGGAACCAGAUCCGAGAUCUCCGAGUUGCUUAAAUGCUCGCAGUAUGUUAGCCCACAAGCGGCGGAUAAUGUGCUACAGACCAUCGUGAGUGGAGCUUUGGAUCGAAUGCACGGUGGUCAGGAUCCCUGCGUGAAGUACGAUGCCCGGCGUAAAAUAUGGAUUUAUUUACAUCGAAACCGCAGCGAGGCGGAAUUCGAGAAAAUGCAUCGACAUAACCAGUCACUGGUGAAGCAGAAGCAGCAGCAGAGGAAGCAGCUAAACAGGCCAAAGAUCCCGGAUGGCGUCGAAGGCUCUGGGUUGCUUGUGGAGCACCAACAGGAGCAAAUGCCCGCCUUGGUGCCAGCAGUGGUUUCACCGAUUCCAUCCUCCGUACAACCGCCAGUGGGAGCUUCUUUGCAAGUAAAGAAACCACUGUCCGUUAAGUGUCCACCAGUGCCGCCCUUGAAAUACCACGUACCACCCGGUACGCCUAGUGGAGGAACGAUUGUGGCUGCCCCCUCCAAUAUUAAUACGAAUCAAAGCCCCAUUCAGCAGGUACAGAAAUCUCUUCUCCGACCGGUGGGAGUUCUCAAUUCUACUCCAUCGCCGAUUCAACGACAAGUAGUUUCUUCCAAAACUGGCAACUUUGCGAUAUCCAAGAUCAGUCCCACGCGGAACACCACCCCCAUAUUGGUGUCCACUCCCAGUGGCUUGCAAACCGUGCAUGUGGCCACCACUCCAAAUCAAGCAGCUGGAUCACCGUCUCCCGCGGUGGCCAAGAAGCUGACCAUUAAGAAGCCUGCUCCCAGCAACAAAAUAGGGAACUUUAUCAUCCCCAUGGAGCAGCAGCAAAGCGUUCCUCAGCAACAGCAGGGUCAGCAUGUGAAAGUGCAACCGAUCGCUGGGAAGCCCAAGGCUCUAACUAUCACGCCGCGUCCUCAGAUGCCAAAAAACAUAAUCCGGCUUCUGCCCGCUGGAGGAGCCACAGUAACUGGGAAUACGACGAUAAAUACCAAGCCGAACUCUGUGCAAAUCCUCGGACCCCGAGUAGUACCGCAAUCCCAGACUGUGCGACCGGUUCAGCAGAAGAUCGGGGCUGUUUCCAUUGUGGCCAGCAAACCGGUUACAAGUAUUUCCGCCACAGAAACUCCAAAUCCUGUGACCGUCAGCACGAGUUCCUCUGUUCCCGGGGGCGGGACUAUCGUAAAGAUGUCGCCCCAAGCAUUCGCCAGUCUCCAGCAGCAGCAGCAACAGCUGAAACAGAAGGUGAACAGUACCAGUCCUGCCCAGAACUCACCGCAGCAAAGGAUCAUUGUGGGCAACACGGCCAUUUCCUCGAACAAGAAGAUCGUAUUUCAGCCGCUGGCAAAGGCACCACCCAAAAUACUCACCACAUCGCCCACUGGCUCGGUGGCCAAGGCGACGACAAAUUCGUCGCCACAGCGAAUUGUGCUGCAAAACUUCAAGCAACCGGUGAUGGCCAGCAAUCCGUCGGGUGCUCUAACAGCACUGGGAGGAAAUGCCACGCGUGUGAUUCGGGCUACUCCAGCAUCAGGUGUCGGCACUGGAACAGUAGUGGGAGUGGCAAACUCCCAAACUGGCGGGCAAAUCAUCACUCUGGAUAGUCUGCUACAAAAGCAAGCGGCUGCUGGAAAACUGCUCACCGCCGCUAGUAACAAUAUGAUUCAACUGGGCACUUCCUCGGCAGGAAAUGUGAUCACUCUUAAUCCCAACCAGCAGGCCAAGCAGUUGCCCACGAUGGCGCGGAUUGUGAGUGCGACCAGCACUACCCCGGCAGCUGGAAGCGUGUCAAAUGUUGUGCCUAAGAUCAUUGGAAAGACGACAGUCAUCCCGGGAAAACCACUUCUGCUUCACGCCAAGACGUUGAAACAGCUAGGCGGCGUUAGCAGUUUGGCCACCACCCAGACCACGACAACCACAACCACUGCAGUGGCUUCGGCGGCAGUGGGAGGAUUAGGAGGAGCCGUGGUCUCCGGCGCAGGAGCAGCGAAUACUGCCGUUCGAACGACUCAGAACAUUGUGAUUGGUGGUCAGACAGUGAAGCUGCAGGGAGCGAUUUCCGCUCGAGGAGCCGGCACACCAGUUCAGACUGUCCUUAUGGGCAACCAACUCCUGCGCAUAGCAACCAGCAGUAGCAGCAACAGUGGAACAACCACUGCCUCUGGCAGCAUAGCUACGGCGCCCAAGACUCUGCUAAUCGGAGCCGGAGGAACGCAAACCCUACGCCUGGCCAAGAACGUGCUGGUGGCGAACAAGCAGAUCACCAGUAGCGCCAACAGCAGCAUUGUAAACAGCACCACAACAGCAUCUCCUGCGGCGACAGCGACGGCAACGGCUGGUAACAAUCUCGUGUUCGCCGUGCAAGGCAACGGCGGGCAGCUCUUUUUCACGCCGGGACUGCAGGGCAUGAACCUGAAGCCUUUGUCCAGCCUGAAAGUGAUACCGAUGGCCAGCGCGGCGGCAACAGGUGCAACGGCCGGUGGAAAAAUCUCCGUGACAACGGUGGCCGGAGAGGCCAAGGCUCUGACCACCAAACUGAUCCCGGGCACAGUUCUCAAGACGGCCACAGGGAGUGGCAACUAGGAGGCUCAGGAGCGGAGAGGCUUGUUAACCACGUUGUUUACCCUUCCUCGGUUAUACCUUCUUCGAUUUUGUUUUAACGACACGUGUAAUUUAUCUAUGUAGGCAGAAAGUUUUGCAAAUAUUGCUUCGUACUAAGUAAAAAUAAUGGACAGCGACAGAAAUGUCCCAUCCAGCAACCAAUUUUAUGGAACAGUUUAUAAAAUAACAUAUAAAUAGAAACACCCAAUAAAACUCAGAUGAAACCAGA